CCACUUCUCCACUCCACCAAUUUCCCCACCACACUCAAAGUAUCAGCACCAACACCAACCCCACCUCACCAAACAUCCCACUCCACCAACUCCAUUAUCUUUUGCUCCCCACCAAAUCCUUCUCCCUUCUUACUCAAUAGAUCGCCAGUGGAGCUGUUUAAGAAAAUCCAAUUCGUAUAUUCCAACAGAAUGUUUACAGCAAGCUCAUGCCAACAUCAAAACCAAGUUUCACACAGAAAAAAAAAAAAACCCCGAAAUAACAUCUAUAAUCUCCGAGAUCUCCUUAUUCAAACAGUAUAUGCCAACAAAUUUUCACCAAGAAGAAGAAAACAGAUCAGCCAAUCAAGCACAAAUAGACAAGGUCAAGCGCGAGAGUAAGAACUACACAAGGAGUUAGAGUACCUUAGCAAAACUUUGCUAUCAGGUCAAGCGCGAGAGUAAGAACUACACAAGGAGUUAGAGUACCUUAGCAAAACUUUGCUAUCAGGUUGAGCUGUGAUGGGCGAUGAAGUGUUGUUGCUGAGUGGAGUUUUUGUCGAACUUAAAGUAGGCUCAGAAAGGAUACAUGUCUUCAUACAUGUAUCUCAGUUAUGCAUUCCGCUAUAAACACUGAUUAUUUCAGUUACAUCUUCCGUUGCAAACUCUGAUAAUGUUUUAGCCAAGCCCCUAACGAUGCCUUUUUCCUUUUAAGGAAUAUAACGCGUAUACAAGUUCUUUGAGUACCCUUUUUAUACGACCUAUGCCUUUUUCCUUUUUAAGGAAUAUUUCACGCGUAUUCAAGUCCUUUGAGUAUUCUUUUAUACGCCCCUUUCUCAACCCGCUUCUUAAUUUCCCUUCCCCAGUCAUGGUUUUCCCGGAUUAAUUAUCCUUAAUUAAGGCCGGUCGUGACAGAGUGGUAUCAGAGCAGUUCGUUUGCUCUGAGCCUAAGAGUUCAUUUAAGCCAAACUUAGAAUGGAUCACUAAAGUGUCUAGAGUUCAAUCGACAAAGCUCAGCACUUCAUCGCAUCACACUCAACGAAGCAGAAUGGUAAGCUCUUCCAAGUUUUGAGUUAAUGUUUACAAAAAGUGAGAAUUAUCGUAAUAGCAAAGUGAGUAACUGUUAAUAGCUAUGUUAUGUUGUUAUUGAAUGAAAUGAUUUACGCAAGCGCGAUUAAGUAUGCCUAUGGAAUGAAUCUCUAUGAACAUAGAGCUAUUAAGAUAUGAGAUCACCACUACUACAGAACAUAGAAGAAAACAUAGAAGAAAUUAGAUUGUAUCUUUUGGUGGCUAUAGUGAAGGCAGCAAGAUAAGUGAUACGUAUAGAAUAAUUCUUAAGCUCAUGAUUUUAUAGCCGCUAUAAAUCUCCAUGACUUAUGCUUAAGUAUCCAAUUUAGAUAAUGAGAUAUUAUAUGCUUAAGAAUUGAUAUGACUCAUGGAUAUGAGAUGCUAAGAACCCUUAGAGCUUACUACAUCAAUAUUGUCAUUGGAGUUAUGACUUGUUUACAAGUUAGAAUAAGUUAACCUGUACAAGAAUUCUUUAGAGGCUUGUAUUAGAUUAUGCUAGAGUGUACUAAUUGGCACAUCUUUGCUACCAGAAUGCCGCCUAAGAGAGGACGCCCUGCGAGAAACAAUAACAAUCGCAGAAACCGUAACGCUGUACCCGAAGAACCACAAGAUGCUCGAGGACAUAACCCAUCCCCUCCGCCCCCAACUAGGAGAGUCGAAGAACUCUUUUUAAGGCAAAAUCCACCUACGUUUGACGGAACGAGUGAACCGGCUGAAGCUGAGAUUUGGGUGCGUGCAAUGGAACGCAUUUUCAACUUCCUACGUUGUACUGAUGAGGAGCGCCUAUCUUGCGUCUCAUUCCAGCUAACAGGAUCAGCGGAUUUCUGGUGGGAAGCACGUCGAAAAAUUCUGACACCUGAACAAUGGGCAAGUUAUACUUGGGAAGAUUUUAAGACAGGAUUAUAUGAUAAAUAUAUUCCGAAAAGCUAUAGGAAGAAGAAAGAAGCUGAGUUCUACGAGUUAAAGCAAGGAAAGAAAUCUGUGGUUGAAUACGACAAGGAAUUCUGCAACCUGUCUAGGUUUGCUCCGCAACAAGUGGACACAGAUGAGAAGAUGGCAGAGAAAUUUUGUGCCGGUCUGCGACACGAGAUCAGGAUGGCUCUAGCAAGUCACGGAGGACUCUCAUACACGGAGUCUCUGAACAGGGCACUUGACAUUGAAGCUGCAAUGCCGUCGGACAAGUCAGCCCCAUUGUUGAUCUCGACGCAAAAAGACUUACCAAUAGCCUCACAUACUCUCAAAGGGAAGCGCAAGUGGGACAACAACGAAAACAAUAUCAAUCAGACUAGUAAGAAAGUGUGGCAAGAAAAGGAACGGGCCGAACAGUUUAUUCAACCAAGGCACGAGGCACAGACUAACCUCGAGCCAACUGGGGAUAGCCAAGGUCAGAGAGGAAUUUCACCUUGCCCAAAUUGUGGUAAGAUGCAUAGGGGUAUCUGUCGGGCUGGAACUAACGGUUGUUACAAUUGUGGCCAAAAAGGUCACUACUCCACGCAAUGCCCCCACAAAUAACGAGGUUCAGCAAUUGAGAACACCCACACCCCCUUGCCAGCAAUACGCGGACACUUGCGUAAUCAGCCUCAAUCACAUCAGUGAAAAUCUUAUGGAGACAUCGCAGACAAGAGAAGUUACGCGGGAACUUGAAGACAAGAUGAAGGAAAAAUAUCCCGAACUGUUUUAGCAGAGAUAUGCAAAUUUCGGGACGAAAUUUUUGUUAAGAGGGGUAGUAUGUAGUAGCCCGCUCUUUUAAUUAUGAUUAAAACUAGUAAAUGCAAAAAUUUUUAUAAAUGAAUCCAGUUUAUGGUCCUGAUUUUUUUUUUAUCAGAAACGAAGUUAUUAUUUUA